UAACAAAGCUCGCUGAUAACUACCUACAUGACACCGAUUGUCCUUUGCCCGUUUCCGUCGAUUAGGUUAGGGUUAGUGAUUAAUGUGAGUCGUGCCGUGACUAAACCGUACAGUAUUUAACGAUCGGGUUUAUUGCGUUGGACGACCGUGGGUGAGGAUUUGAUUACUAAAUCUAGCAUUGAAACAUCUCGGAUAACUGCGCGCACCCGCUCCAUCACAAGGGGAGAGCAGUCGCACGCGGAAACCCGGAUCAGUAUAAAUGAACACAGAGAGAGAUUACCAGAUGAUGAAGAAACAGGAGAGGGCACAUUUUUUCAGCUCUAAAGAGCAGGAGCUCAUUCUGAAGUUGUAUGAGGAAGAAAGAGAGAUAUUGACAGCAAAAUCAAACACUACCAGUGCCUCAAAACUGAGAGAAGAAGCCUGGCAGAGAAUUGCUGAUAAAAUAAAUAUGGUAUCGGACAGCGGCUACCAAAGGUCGUGGCAGCAAGUGAAAGUCAAACAUAAAAAUAUAGUUCAAACAGCAAAAAGAAGACAUGUCGAGGUGAUGAGGAAUGAAGGGGGGUCAGCAACCCCAUCGCUGACCUCUGCAGAGGAGGAUGUGUUGCAGCACAACAACAACAGGCUGAGAGUGGAGGUCCUCCCAGGAGGGGCUUGUAUUGAGCCACUGACUGGAUCUGAAGGUUCAUUUAUUAGUGUCUCAGGUCAUCCUGUCCUCCUCUUGCCUGUAACAAAGACUGAACCAGAGAGCCUAAGCAGUGAUGAGACAGACGUCAGUGACACUCAUUUUGAAGGGGACUUGCACAGCUUCCACAGGAGGGACCACUCAUCUUGUGCUACAAUUGGUGGAAGAAGUGCUGAGAGGCAGAAAGAAGAUAUAAAAGCCCUUUACUGCUGCUACCUCAAGAAGGAGAUAGAGAAUCGUGACCAACAGAUGGCAUACAGAGCACUUAAAAUGAGGAAGAUGGAGAAAGAAAUUUUAUUACUUGAUAAGCAGCUGAUGUGACCAUGCAAAGAAAUGCUUAUAUUUUAACUCACUAUUAUAAUAUGUUAAAACAAUGUUUGAUUUAUUCCUGGUCUGACAAUUGUGAUACACUGCUUAAGUCACAUACUUUAUAAUGUAUAAACUCUUCUGUUGGGGAGGCAGCAAUGUCUUUUGCAAUUCUGCCAUUAAUACGUGUCGGACCCUUUCUUAUUGUUGCAGUAUUGCACUGUGCAACUCUACACAAGCAGACUUUGACAGUAUUGGAAUCUUCCCUUUAGUCGCUCACAUGUGAUUUCAAUCCUGUUAUUGUUUGCCGCAAGGUUGGCUUAAUGCCCAGUGAGACUUCAGGGUCAUCCUGAAGAUGUGGAGCCUCUGUAGAGGCUUUGUGUAAACCCUGUGCCCAAGAAGAUUUUUAUUAUCAAAUGAGUAAUCGUGCAUUUACAUUUGUACAAAGUACAACAAACUGUACUCCAGCACAUUGGAUUUAAGAAUGAAUGAAUGAAACAAUGAAUGAACUGUUAACAUCAAGACACUAAGUAUAUUUCACAUUUGGUUGCAAAUGCUGAGUUGGGAUUUCAGUAAGUGAAACACAUUCUUACUUGGAUUGAGAUGCAGGUGACUUGGCUAUUCAAGAACACGUUUUG